GGCUAGGGAGCUCCACUGUAGGCAAUCAGUCCAGGUGGGAUAUUCCCGUCCCCUAUGAGCGGAGUGUUAAUCUCAGUAAGAACUCUAAAGGAGUCAUUCCGAGAGCCUUCGAGCAGUUCAGACUGAAAUCAUGUGUCGACUUUAAGCCCGGACAGCAGAAGAGUUUUACAUCUCUGUGGAGAGUCGUGAAGGGUGUUGGUCAUAUAUCGGACGCUCGUCUCCUGGAGGACAGACUCUUUCCAUUGGAGAGCGCUGUGGAAGAAAAGGCAUCGUUGAGCACCAGUUUCUCCACGCUCUGGGAUUGAACCAUGAGCAUUCGAGAUAUGACCGAGACUAUGAAAUCUAUAUGAAAUCUAAUCAACUAUGAAAACAUCAGGGAAGGGUAUGAGAGUAAUUUCAAUAAGCACAGUGAGAACGUGUUCACUACCCAAGAAAGCCCAUAUGAUUAUUACUCUGUGAUGCAUUUGGAUAAAAAUGCCUUCAAAAACUUUAACGGACCCACGAUCAUAACCAAGAGUCCGGAGCUCCAAGACGUGAUCGGACAACUCAUGGAAAUGAGCGAAUAUGAUGCGAUUGAGCUCAACAAACUCUACAAAUGCAAUUCCUCGGUCUCUUUCCUCGACCACUGUAGUUUUGAUGAGGAAUCUCUGUGUGAGAUGAGCGUCAGUUCUGCUGCUGGUUACGGCUGGCAGAGAGAGAAGUCAGUGAGUGGCAUCAAUGUGACCGACCACACAUACUUGGGCAAAGAACAGAACGGGACGUCUUUCUUCAUGCACUUCAGCACUGAGCGCAGAAACGAGGGCGACGCAGCCAGACUGGAGAGCAAGACACUGACCCCUACGAGAGACUGCAAAGUCCAGUGUCUGCAGUUCUACUACUAUCACAGCGGUCACGAGUCCGACCCGCUCAACAUCUGGAUCCGAGAGCUGCAGAAUCAAGCAGACAGCACGGGAGCUCUCAGACUCAUGGAUCAGAUCACAGAAACCCCUGGGAAUUACUGGAAGCUGCAUCAUGUGCAGUUGAACGCAAAUAAGUCUUUCCAAGUUGUGUUUGAAGCGCGUAAAGGAGCUGGAAACUCCAAUGGAGGCUUCUCACUGGACGAUAUCAAUAUUUCAGAGACAGAGUGUCCCCUCAUAUGGCAGAUAAGGGACAUUGAGAAGGAACUGAACAGUGGGUUCAGGGAACUGUACAGUCCACUGUAUUACUCCAGUGAUGGGUAUCGCUUUGGGGCUCGGUUAUUAGAGUCCAGGAAUCAACUUACAAUAUCUCUUUCUCUGGUAUCUGGUGCGUGUGAUGAGCAGCUGCAGUGGCCUUGUCCAUGGAGGCAAAUAACCGUCCAGAUCCUGGACCAGAAUCCACACAUACAGAAGCGCAUGUCCUUUGAGCAGAGCGUCACCACUGACCCUGACUUGACUCGUUAUGGUUAG